AAUGUCAAAAUCAAAAUAUUGACUGACAGACUUUGUUUUGUUUACUGCAAAAAAAUCUGAACAAUAUUAUAAAUAUAUUAAGAAAUAGGAACAAAGUCUCUAAAAUGGUUCCACAAAUUCGAACUUAAUUCCUAAUACUACCUUUAACCAUGAAUGACAAAAUUUACGAAAAAAUGUUGCUACGACGACGAUUUUUCAAAAGGGUGUCCCUAAUGGUCAUAGCGUUUACCAUAUCUUUUUACAUUUCAGUUAUUCUGUUUGGUGACUUGAAGGUACCCAGAGUGAUGACGAUGACUGACCUGAACCGGUGUCCGGCUUGCUUCGGAGUGUCUGUCUGUCCCGAACUUUACUCCAACCAAGUUAUCAUUGAGUCCAAUACUUGGUCAAGCAUGUUUAAUACCAAAAACAUAUUUUAUGGUUACACAAAGUCUAACCGGCGGGUGGUUAUGAAGAAGCUAGCUCACAAUUCAGAGUGGAAGGCAUUUGAUCAGCAGUUGUGUAAAAAUUUCCACUUAAAACGGAACUGUAAGCCAAUGCAUUUAUUGAAUGUUUCCAAUAUUGAUGAUAAGUUGAUCAAACUUGUGGAGUAUAACUUGUCUAAGCCGGAUACGAGGCCUCGGAAGGGGCUGGUGAUGUGUCCGUAUGCAUACAGCUUGUUUGACUUCAUACUACCUGUGUUAAACAGUAAGAAGGAUCAGGUUGAUAUUGUAAACAUUUGGACGAUGUUGAGCAUUAAUCCAGAGCCUAUUAUAUUUCAGGUUCUACAAAGAUCCCAUGGUUGGCCCAUACCAGCAUAUGGAGGUGUUUGUGGCCGAGUGGAGGUUGUGGCGUAUGAGGGUGAACCUCUCGCAUCACUCACUCAUGUACCUUGGCACCGAAAGCUGAAGUUUGCUAAGAAAAUACUUGAUGCUGCCAUGGACUUUACUUUUAAACAUGACAGGUACCGUUUCUAUCUCAUGGACUGGUCCCUCGACAAUAUAGUGGCUAAUGAAAAGGAUGACAUCACUUUCAUUGAUCUUGAAGACAUAGUGGUCUUAGACAAGCACAUUUCUCCUAGAUCCGACCUGCCUGACUGGUAUCAACGGUACGCCAGAGACAUACCGGGCCCAGGCUUCAUAUUUUCCAUACACAGCAUGUGUAAGCACCAUCUAAGUGACCACAACUUAUGGGCUGCAUGCUACAUUCUAAUUGGAGAUGAAGACCCGUUCCUGUAUCCUCUACCUAAAGCCGUAAACGCUUCCCGGCCCCAUUUGGACAGGUUAUUGAAAGAAUGCUUGAAUGGCGAAGAUAGAUUUAGAACUAUAACUAAGUUGCAACAUGUAAUUGAUGAUAUGUUGAUGGACGAGAAUAUUAUAGGCCUUAGAGCAGGCGUUAGGUGAUAAACACAUUUAGGUCUCUGGUUCGGCACUGAUUGCAAUUUAAAGUUGAUUUGGAGUUGUGUUGCGUCCCUGUAAUGUUUUGUACUCAAAAAUAUGUUAUUGCUUGCAAAAAAAAGUACUCUAUCAAGCAAUAAAAGAAAUAAAAUAUUGUAGGCUGAAACUAAUGCUAUGUCCAAAUAGUAAAGAAAAUUUUUAAGUUUGCUCUAUGAUUUAUAUUAUGAAGAACAUGUUUUUGAAACCUGCUGAAUUGCUUUAAUUAUGAUGUUAUUUAUCAUAAUAAAAUGCUCAUUUUUAAACUAUAUUCCAUAGUACAUAGAUCUUAUAAUGUAUGAGUUUUUAAGUACCUACCACCAAGAUUGUAUUUUAAAUCUGUGAUAUACCUCGUGUAAUUUCGUUUUGUGACAUGUUUUAAUUGGUUGUGAAAU